AUGCUUUUAUCUAAAUUAGACUUCUUUUCUCAACCCUUUCUCUUUAAUCUUGACAACAACUAACUUAAAAAAGGCACUAUUCAAGGAGCUAUAGUUUCUUUUGGAAUUUAGUUAACAGUUUUAGUCUAUUUCAUAUAUUUGACUAUGCUAUAUUUAUAGAAUAGAAUCGAUCCUAUUUUUAGAUCAUAAAGUUUUAUCACUAAUGAUUUAAUUGAAAUACCUCUUCACGAAGAUGUAAUUGUCUUUAGAUUUUAGGCAGAUCUUACAUAAAAUCUUGAUAGCUUUGAAAAAUAAAAGAAUUUGACUUAUAUAGUGCCUGUGGCAUUAGCGGGAUACUAAAAUGGGUCAAAUUAUGAAACAACAUACCUUAAUGUAACCAAAUGUUCCAGUCCUGCUCUAUCAAACUAUUACUGCUUAGACUAUUCAAACUUUCCAUAUAAAAAUUUAAUGAUAAACACUAAUGAAUAAAUAUUUUCAUAUAUAUCUUUGAUGUUUUACUCCUGCUUAGUUACAGAUGAUCUUAAAGUAACAGUGCCUGAUAACUGCGCUAACCAAACAGAUAUUGACAAUUUUGUUAAUGGGUAAUUUACCUAACUUCACUUAGGCCUAUAUACAUAACAGUAUAAUACCACUAGCAAAUCGAAUAAAAUAAAUUAUAAGACUUAUUAGAUUUUUCCAUAAUCAAACCAAUAUCUGAUAAAUACUCAAAAUAUCUAAAAUUAAGUAACGAAAGUGAGAGACGGUUUUAUUAUUUAAUCUGAAGUAGAGUAUUCAGCACCAAUUUAGUAUGUAAUUGAGAAUCAAACUUUUCCUAACUAAGGUAAUCCUUAUAUCUAAGUUGACAUUUAAAUUGAUGAAGUAGUUUAGCUUACCUCAAUUUAAUAUAGUACUUUCCCAUAGAUUCUAGCAUUAGUGAAUAGUGCUUUUGGUUUGCUUAUGCUUUUAGGAAUUUUUUGUAGAAAGUUUGCAAACAAGUCUAUAUUGCAAGAUUUCUUUUGUGUUUUCUUGUAGAAUAUGCAUCAAAGUCUUUACGAAGAAGUUUUGAAGUAAAAUAAACUAUUUGAAUAAAAGGCCAUUUGCACCUAAAUUGAAACUAAAGCUGACAAGUUACUUAUCGGCUAAGAAAUCAAUGAUAAAGAAACAGCUAGGAAUAUUAAUAUACCUCAAUUCUUAACAAAAUCUAGAGAAUUUAUUGAACAAAGCUAGCAGACUUAAUUUAACACAAAAUAGUCGAAUUGCGAAGAUGAAAUUUUAGAAAAUGAAGAAGAAAAAAAAUCACCAAAUAAUAAUGAUUAGCUCUAAGACUAAAGCAAUUCGUAAUAAUAAGAAAAUGGAAAAAAUAAGAGAGCUUCAAUUGAAAAUAAUUUAUUCAUUGAGGGCAAUAACUUAGCUAAUAAAGUAUCUAUUAUUACUUAAUCUAAUGAAAUGAAAAAUUCAAAUGACUCCUUUUAAAAUAUCAAUAAAGCAUAUUCGACAAAUUAAUUAAGUAUAUUUUCGAACAGAUAAUCCUAAACCUAAGAAUAAAAAGUUUUAAAUGAAACAACAAAAAUAGCUUAAUCUAACGGGGACAUAUUAAAAAUAAAUUUAUAACUUAUAGAUAACUUUAUAUUACCAUAAGAGAGCAAAGUAGGAUUUAAUGAACAAAAAGCCUAAAAUGAAUAAGAUCUAAAAAAAAAAAAAAAUUUCAAAGCUUUACUUGAAUAGCAUGGAAUAAAUUCAACGCCGAAGAGAAACUCUAACACUAUAGAAUAUUACAUUUAAAAAUUUAAAACUAUUUAAGAUUUGAACAUCUUUAAAAAAUUCACUCAAAUAAAUUUUGGCUACAGAUUUACAUUAUAGAAACUAAAUUGUUUCAAGAAACAAACUCCAGAAUAAGAUCAAAAGAAUCUAAGCAUCUAACAAAAAAAAUUUAUAGAACAACAAGUGUUAAAAAGUAUGAAUAUAUUAGAGUUGUUAAAAGAUGUUAUCUUUAUAAAGAAAUCAAUAAUGAUGUUAAUGACCAAAGAAUAAUUAGCAGCUAUGAAGCUUGUUGGCUACUCUGAGAAUUAUAUAUAAGAUCAUUACCUAAAAAAAGAAGAGAGUAAAUAAUUAAGAAAGGAAACAUAUUUUGAGAAGCAAUUAGAUAUUUUUGAUUCAACUGAUUUGUCUUGCUAAUAUAUCAAAAAAUUUAUUCAAAAAUGUAACAACAGUAAAGCUUUGAAUUAAGUGGAUAAAAGAAUCUUGUCUUCAAUAAAUAAGAAUUAAACUAAUUUAUACUGA